AAGUAACUAACAACAAUUCAUUUAAUCAGUUUAUGUUUUAGCGCGUAGUAGAAUGCAUGUUACUGCCGUUUAAAAUCCAAUUGGCUAAAUAACAUCAUAGGAAAAUGUUUAAAGUAGUUUUCCUAACAAUAAUCGUAGGAGUAACAAUUUGGAAGACACACGCGAAUAAGACAUAUGAAUCAAAAUGUAGAGAGGAUAUUGAAUGGGAGUUGAAGGAGUAUGUCAAAUUGGAAAUUUGGCAAGAAUUAUUCAGACAACAUUUUAAAUUUAUAGUUAACAAGAAUGGAGAAAUCAUAAGUGAAAAAAAUCGGCUGAAAUUUAACACAAUUAUUCAUAACGCAAUAUACGGUUGCGAUCACAAACGCAAUGAUGAAGUAGAUGAUUGUCCAAAUAUUCAUAAAGGGAGUAUAACGUCGUGCAAGUUUGGACGAAAUUUGAGAGCUGCUAUGUUUAGAACGGCAAGAUGCGUCUUUGUCGAAUCGUCCGUCAAACAUAUAGUGCUUAGCAAUGCCGUGUUGGAUGUGUAUCCCUUAGACAUGUUGGACCGUGUAACGGAUAACGUCGACAUACCAAUCAGGAAGUUUGGUGAGACCAUGGUCAAUAUGUUGAGCACACUUGCUCACGGUGAACUAGAAGGACUGGCCGAACUGAUGGCUUUAAAUUUGUAUUUGAACAACAAAUUCGGCACCGUGCUUAUUCACAAGAUACCUGUGGACCCGAUCACGUCGCCAGAUGAUUUUGCAGUAGCCAAGAAGCACAUGCAAAAAGUCCAUAGUAUGAUUUUAGAUAAACUGUACACUUUUUGGAACACUUGGUGCAGUGACAUUGACGUAGUGGCGAAGCACCAAUACAUGUACAAGAGCUCUGCGUUCGUAGAGUUAAUAUCUGAAAUGGAGAAGAACACGAAGGACACCGAUGAUUUCAUUCGCGGUCUGAACGUGUCCGACCACGUCGUCGAUUUAGAUUUCGACCCGAAGAGGAUUGCGUUGACAGACUUUGUGAAUCACAUUAUUUCGAGUAGAUCGAUGCCGACUGAUAUGUUGGCCGACAUGCAGUUGAAAUCGUUCGAGAUAUCGUACGAGUUCAACCCGCACGCUGUUUACGAAUAUCAAAUGUCCGUGUUCAGGACCAUAUACACCUGUUUCUAUUGGACGACGAUCACGCACUUGAAACUGUCCGUCCGGUUGAUCGACAACCUCGAAAAACGCGGCGUACAGCAUUAUCAAACGACCUUUAUCGUCAACUUCGUUAGGUACAUGCGACCACUGACGGUGUUCGACAUCAACCGAAUUCAUUUCGUGGCCACGCUGUCGACGGACGCUGCGAGAAAUUUGAAUAGAUUGCUGGCGUUCAUGUUGAAGAUCUACCGUAAUUCAAGAAACACGCGUUCGAAGAACUGGAUUCCCUCGUCGAGACCGGCGAUUCAGAAAUUCGUUGAUUUAUUGAGCGCCGACAUGAAAACUAUGUUCAACAUGGAAGUGCCGGAUAGUUAUUUCGAUAAUUUGAGUUACGAAAACAACACAUUAAAACUAAUGCAGUCUAAUUACCGAGCCUUCGUUCGUUUAGUUGCAGCUACAAGUGGAUUCAUAGAAGAUCAAAUUAAUGUAAUCAAACUAAAGAAAUUCGCAUUCUUUUCGACCGAGGCCAUUGCAUUUGAUGGAAUUUAAUAUUUCUCACAUUUUUUUUUUUUUUAAAUAUAAUACCUGCUACAUUUCAUUGUAAAUAUAACUACCU